AGUGGGCAGUUUCUCCGUAAACCGGUUCUGGCCGCUGCGUGUCUGUCUCCCUCUCCCCGCGUGUUCAGUGUGUUUAUCCUCAGGGCGCUUCCUGCCCGCGGCUCUAGCUGUAGGUGUAGCUAUAGGUAAAGCUAUAAGUUUAGGUGUAGCUGUAUGAACUGCGGUGUAGGAAUGGACGGGCAGGAGAUCAGUAGAGAAGAGGCGCUGUCGCGGAGGGGUUUUAAACACGCCUGUCACAUCCUACUACACGCUGAAACCAGCACUAAACUCUUCCGCAAAAUCCCACUUAAACACAUAGUACUGAUGCAGAUGAGAUUUGAUGGUUUGCUGGGCUUUCCUGGUGGGUUAGUGAAUCCCUCAGAAGAGACUCUGGAGUCAGGGCUGAGCAGAGAGCUCCAGGAGGAGGUUGGGGUUGCAGUUCCUGUUACUGUGGAUGACUAUGUUUACUCUCGCCUCCCUCCCUCCUCUCCCAACCUCAUUACACACUUCUAUACCAAGAAGAUGACAGAGGCGGAGCUGCUAGAGCUGGAGAAAGCUGCAGUAGGGAAUGCUGCAGAUCAUGGUUUGGAGGUGAUGGGCAUGGUUCGAGUGCCCCUCUACACCUUGAAGAACGGAGGUGGUCUUUCCUGGUUCCUGUCUCACUCCUUCAUCAGUAACUCACGGGCCCAGCUGCUGGGGUCCCUGAGGCGUUUGGGUCUGGUGUCUGAGGGGGUUCUGGAUGAUGCGCUGAGGCAGGCCGACCAGAUGAGACACGCGCACAAGGAUCAUCCUCGCUGACACUGGCUUUGCUCGCCCUGUGGUCUCGUGUACCACUGUGAUCAAAGUGAGCAGAGCAGCCCUGAUCUCAUAGACCCCGGCUGGAGACCUGCUGGGCCUCUGCCCCCAGGGUCUUAAAGCUUAUCCCCAGACUUACCUUAUUGCAUACUGAGUGUGUGGAAUCUUCUUUGGGCUCUUGGAGAUCCAGGCUUGUGUACAUUAAUGUGGUGCGUUCAGACCUGUUAAUUAUGUUUAUAUGAUUUGUUUGAACAGUUUGCAAUGAUUUUUUUUGUUGCUUAUUUUGUUUAUUGUAAAUAGGAUGUGCUGAAUUCCUGAAUACUUAAAUAAGACCGGUAAAACUGAUAUUUAACUGAUAUUUAAAGUUCUGCAUCACAUCUAUAAGGCUAAAAUGCAUGGAUGCAGAAAUAAAUUCAAAUAUUCUAUUUAUUUUUGUGUUUUUCUUGUUCCUGUUUAUUAUAAAAUUAGCCAUUUAUACUUAAGUAACUUCUAUUGUUUAAAAUUGUUUAGAUCUAGUAUGGCUUACAAUUAAUCAAGGUACUUUUUGUGGUUGCAGGUUUUAGAUUGGCCACAGUGUUGUGCUGUUUUCUUCAAAACUGUUUUCUUCAAAAAUAGGGCUGUUUUUGUUUAUCACCCAGACACACUCUUUGUUUGAACUAUAAUUUAAUGGUAUAUUAACAAUAAAUCCUAUACAGCCUAACUUUACAUGCUAAUCUGGGUCUCUAUUUCCAUUCAGAAUGCUGUGUAGUCUGUGUUUAGACCUAAUCUGUGUGCAUAAUACUGUAAUUUAUUGGCAAUUUAACUAGGGAUUAAGCCUAGUUAUAGAGUAUAUUUUCCUGUCAAUGGACAGACUCCAUUUGAAAUCUGUCCAAGACUACACCUAAUCCAUAUCCAUAAAAAUGUCCCAAAAGGUUUGAAAGUGAUCUCAGCUGCCCCAGUGAUUAACCACAGAAGAACACCUUAAUUGUUUAAAGCUUUUUAUUAAAAUUCUAACAGUUAUAACUGGUAGCCCUGAGCUAUUGAACUUAAAUACUUUACCUUGUAGCAAUACCUAACAAACAAGCACAGUAUAUUUUGUGUGUUUCACCCUGUUUAGUCAGAUUUUGUGCUGCAGCAGGUGCGUCCUGUCUCACAGCAGUUCCAGAAAUCUACGCUGAUGUGUAUGACUUGUUCCACUGCAUGUCUUUACACUGGAGGCAGUUCAACAUUGCUGAACCUCUCUUGUGUUCUUAGUACUUGAAAUAAACACUCACACUUA